CGUUCUAAUCUCACAUGAACCAUACCUUUCUCUAACAUCACUCUCCCUUUUACACAACCUCCCAAAAAUAGACCUCUCCUUCUCUUCCUCUCCGUUACAUUCUUCGCUCACCACCACCCCCACCAAAAAGCCUCUCUCACUUUCUUUCCUUUUCUCUUUCAUUUACUUACAGUAAUAACCUUCUCUGUUUCCCCCCCAAUGGAACAACAACUAACUCCGGAGCUCCUCCUUGUCGCCGGUAACGCUGACUCUUUCGUCGUCGACGACCUACUUGACUUUUCUAACGACAACGGCCAGCCUGACGACGGUUUUGAAUCCUUUCCUGACUCUUCUGCCGUCUCCGUCGGUAAUCUCGCCGGUAGCUCCAACUCCUCGUCGCUUUACACCGACGGCAGUGCGUUUUCCGACGACCUCUGUGUUCCGUGUGAGGAUUUAGCUGAACUAGAAUGGCUAUCGAACUUCGUGGAAGAAUCAUUCUCAAAAGAAGACCAAGACAAGCUCCAGUUACUAUCCGGCUUAACAAAAACUCAAACCACCGGGUUAACCCAAACCCACCAAACUAAACCAGAACCCGAACCCGAACUGGAUCAAAUCUUCAUCCUCACCGACGACACCGAUGACUCCAACGUUUCUUUUCCCGCCAAAGCGAGAAGCAAAAGAUCACGCUCUGCAGCCUCCACGUGGGCUUCCCGUCUUUUAGCCAUCGCCGCCUCCGACGAACCCUUUCCCAAGAAGAAACAGCUCAGAGUUAAAGACCACGACAUCGCUGGAGAAACCGACGGAGAAGGCGGAGAAACCGGAGGAGAGAGACGCUGUCUGCACUGCGCGACGGAUAAGACGCCGCAGUGGCGGACGGGACCGAUGGGACCAAAGACGCUGUGCAACGCGUGCGGCGUACGGUACAAAUCAGGGCGGCUCGUGCCGGAGUACAGACCGGCUUCGAGCCCGACGUUCGUGAUGGCGAGGCACUCGAACUCUCACCGGAAAGUGAUGGAGCUCCGGAGACAGAAGGAGGUGAGAGAUGAGCAUUUGCUGAGUCAGCUUCGGUGUGAGAAUCUUCUGAUGGAUGUUAGAUCCAACGGUGACGAUUUCUUAAUCGGUAAUGAUAAUAACCACGUGGCUCCUGACUUUAGACACUUAAUCUGAUCGUGUAUUUCCACGUGGAUAAAUUCAGAAGAAUAAGUUCUAUUUAGGUUUUUCCCGCUUUA